CUCAGCGGCUCAGCGUGCUCACCUGAUAACCGUCUCGUCUCCAUUCCCGGUCUUCACUUUCGCCUAAUCCUCGACGCAAAAGAAGCGCGGAAUUUGCCACGGGAGCUUGCUGGCGAACGCUUCCACGGGAUCCAGUGGCGUGUCCGAAAUCCUCCUCUCUUUUAAUCCUCUGUUCCUACCAGAAAUCCUCAAAGAAAAGCAGGCAGGAAUUCGCGACGGGAGCUGGCUGGCGAAGGUAUCGACGGGAUCGAGUAUUAGUUCGUUUGAAUCUCUUAAAUCGGCAGAACUACAGGACUUACUAAAUCUAAAAUUUGGGGCAAUCGGAGUUUUGGUGAAGAUUUGGGCAAUCUCAUAUGGCUUCGGAUACGGAUACAAGUGCGCAGCAGUUAACGACCAGUGAUGCCUUGGCGUAUUUAAAGUGCGUUAAAGAUUUUUUUAAGGACAAUAAGGAGAAGUACAAUGAGUUUCUCGAAGUUAUGAGGGGUUUCAAGAGCCAGAGGAUUAAUACAUAUGAAGUGAUUAUGAAGGUGCAAGAACUCUUUAAAGGGCAUAGCGAUUUGAUCCUUGGUUUCAGCAAAUUUUUGCCUAAUGGCUACAAGAUUAAGGUUCCAGAGGAGAAGAAGCCCGAGGAAAAGAAGCCUGCUGAUUUCCAUGAAGCUUUCAACUUCGUGAGCAAAAUUAAGAGCCGAUUUGAAAAUGAUCAACUUACUUACAGAUCAUUCUUAAAUACUCUUGAAAUGUAUAGGAAUCAUACUAAAUCAAGCAGUGAGGUUCGCCGGGAGGUGGCAUUGCUUUUUAAAAAUCAUGAAGAUUUAUUUAUGGAAUUUUUACAUUUUUUGCCUGAUGCAUCUACCUCAAAUGCUCAACUUGUAUCACCUGGUAGACGUUUUGCUAGGCGUGAUAAGUUCAGAACUAUGAAGCCACCUUGCAUGCAAAAGAUUCAGGAUAGAGAUAUGGAUAAGGAACAUGAAAAAAAGGAUGCAAAUAUGACCGUUGAAAGUGUUAAACAUAGAGAAAACAAGCAAAUCAAUCAAGGUUCUCCAGAUGUCUCAAAAGACGUGGCUAAUCACAAAGUUUCUUUAUCCCCCAGUAUAAUGGAUUACAAAGACUUGGAUCUCUCGAACUGCCCAAGUUGUACUCCUAGUUAUCGGCUAUUGCCAGAAAAUUGUCGUGCACCUGUCUCUAGCCAUAGAACUGAACUUGACAAAUCUGUUCUAAAUGAUGUUUGGGUUUCAGUAAGAUCUGGAACUUCUUCUAGUCCAUCGAGGAAAAGUCAAUACGAGGAAAGCUUAUUUAAAUGUGAAGAUGAUAGAUAUGAGCUGGAUAUGCUAGUAGAGUUGGCAAAUACAACUGUUGAGAAAGUUCAGAAUUUGAUAAAAAAGAUGCAGGAUGAUAAUGAUAUCAACAAAUUAGAAUCACCGUUUCGCAUUGAGGAUCACUUAACCGCUCGAAAUUUGAACUGCAUUGAACGGGUAUAUGGUGAUAAUGGCUUGGACGUAAUGGAUGCUUUGAAAAACAAUGCUAGUGUUGCUUUGCCCCUCAUAUUGGACCGUCUGAAGCAGAAACAAGAGGAAUGGACUAGUUACCGUGCUAACUUUAAUAAGUGGCGGCCUCUUCUUUGCAGCACUUCUUGCUGAGAUCAAAGAAAUCUAUCAGAAGAAAAAGUACAAAAUGAUGAUGCGAUCUUGCUAUUGCUGCUGAAAAUCAAAACCUGCUGUUCCUAAUAGGGAAUUUGAUCAUUUGGAGAUCCACAAAUGCAGUUCCCUGAUGAACAACCUGCACCUAGUCCAUGGCCUGUUCCUCCAGUACCAAAUUCAGAACAUCUUGAUAAUCAGUUUUAUAACAGUUUCAGGGUUGAUAAACCAGUGCUUCAUUCUGAAAGAACCUAUGCACAUAGCUACUCUUUUCAGAGAUUUUCAGAAACCGGAUCUGAUGAAUCAGACAGUUCUAAACUUGAAAUAGCUGAAAUAAACUACUGAAUGCUGGCAUUAAUUAUUAAGUGUGAAAGGCUUUUUCAGCCAUUAAGGAGUCUUUAUAAAGCUGUGCACAAUUGUGUAUAUAUGCCACAUAUCAGCUUCUGAUUGGCUGGUUUCAUCUUCUGCAUCUUCCUCAUUUGCUUAUAGUAAUUUCUCAAAAAAGAAAUACAUCUCAGAAGAGUUCAUCCAAAUCCAACCAUGCUUCAACAAUUUGCAGAUUAUAAGUUUCAACAAUUUGCAGAUUAUAAGUCACAAAAACACAGGCUUCGUUUGGGACAGCUUUCUUACUGCUUCUUAAAGCAACUUCCUAAUAUAAAAUUUUUAAAAAACAAUAAAAAAAUCGGUCCAAACGAAGCCUUAGUAGCUCCUCAUUGUUAGAUUGGAUCUGAAUAUUGUUUAUAGGUAUUGCUUGAGCAUAUGUGAUUCUUUAGUCAUUUUGGAAAAUGAACUGCUUGUAAAUUAUUGAAUAAGCUGUAUGAUACAAUAAGUGAGAUGCUAUGUUACUCAACCUAUAUAUCAAAGGAGAUAUCAUUAUUUUGGUAA